ACUCUCUCUUCGGGUAUCAACGGUAUUGCUUGCGUACUGGUGGAGGAUGUCUUCCUGGAUGCCUACCUCCAAUUCAACCAUGGAAAGAAGAUGAAGCAGAAGAACUUCACUCUCUUUGCUCGUCUAUUAGCCGUACUGCUUGGCCUCAUCAUCAUUGGUCUAGCCUUUCUACUGAAGUAUGUGCCCUCGGGUGUACUAACUAUGGCCUUCAGCAUCUUCGGUGCUGUGGGUGGCCCCAUCUUCACGGUCUUUACAUUGGGAAUCCUCUUCCCCUUUGUUAACAAGUGGGGUGCUCUGUUCGGUUUUCUCGCAAGCCUCGUCACAGGCAUUGGCAUGGCGCUUGGUGCCGUUUUUGCCUACACGUAUAAGGAGUGCGUUGCCGUGCCUCUAACCAAUGCCAGCUGCCCCCUGAGGUCAACUCCUGUGCAUCUGAACACCACCGCCCCACCGUGCGAGACCUAUGAGUGGUCCUUCUUCAAUCUUUCGUCACUCUACUACACGCCACUGUGUUUGAUAGUCGGCAUCCUGAUUUCCUUCCCGAUUAGCUUCUGCACAGGCCUUAGUUCCAAGCGGCCAGUUAGUCAUUCGCUGAUGGCCUGGCAGGCCGUUAAGCUCUACUCCCAUCUGCCCUCCUGCGUUCCCCCGCAGUCUACGAAUGUUCCCGUGACCUCGUCUCACGCCAUGAAACUCUGCGCAAUUGUCGACGGGGGAUCGGGUGAUCUUGGCGUCGAGGAAUCCGAUGUGAAGGAAAAAGAGGAAAUAGACCUAGACGACGACGAGUCCUUAUCCGUUUUCUGA